AUGCAAAUCACCAGCAUUGCUAUUGUUCUCUUCGCCGCAAUGGGCGCGGUUGCCAAUCCCACCGCGACCGAGUCGGACGGCCUUGAUGCCCGAGACGUGGAGCUUAGUAAAUACGGAGGAGAAUGCAGCUUGGCACACAACACCUGCACAUACCUCAAGGGUGGAAAGAACCAGGUAGUCGCUUGCGGUACGGCUGCCAACAAGAGGUGCAAGACUGAUCGCCACCACUGCGAAUACGAUGAGUACCACAAGAUGGUUGACUGCCAGACCCCGGUUUGA